CGACUAAGGCCGUCUCGCCUACGCAGAUCGCUGUGCGUGCGCGCUCGCGUGCUCGCGUCCACGGUGGUGGAGGGUAUGGCGGUGUGCGCUCGGCUCUGCGGCGUGGGCCCCGCGCGUGGGUGCCGCCGCCGCCAGCAGCGCCGCGGCCCGGCCGAGACUGCGGCGGCGGACAGUGAGGCAGACACGGACCCCGAGGAGGAGCGUAUUGAGGCGGGGCCGGCGCGCUGCUCCCUGCUGGAGCUCCCUCCCGAGCUGCUGGUGGAGAUCUUCGCCUCGCUGCCCGGCACCGACCUGCCCAGCCUGGCGCAGGUCUGCAGCAGGUUCCGCCGCAUCCUGCACACCGACACUAUCUGGAGACGGCGCUGCCGCGAGGAGUAUGGCGUUUGUGAAAACCUGCGGAAGCUGGAGAUCACAGGCGUGUCUUGCCGGGACGUCUAUGCAAAGCGUAUAAACCCUCGAGUGAAGUCAGGCCGCUUCAUGAGAAUUCUCCCCGAUUACGAGCACAUGGAGUACAGAGACGUGUACACCUGCCUGCUUCACCGAUACAGACACAUUUUGGGGUUGUGGCAGCCAGACAUCGGGCCGUAUGGAGGACUCCUGAACGUGGUGGUGGAUGGCCUGUUCAUCAUCGGCUGGAUGUACCUGCCUCCUCAUGACCCCCAUGUUGGUGACCCCAUGCGAUUCAAGCCACUGUUUAGAAUUCACCUAAUGGAGAGGAAGUCAGCCACGGUGGAGUGUAUGUACGGCCACAAAGGGCCCCACAACGGCCACAUCCAGAUCGUGAAGAGAGAUGAGUUCUCCACCAAGUGUAACCAGACAGACCACCACAGGAUGUCCGGUGGGAGGCAGGAGGAGUUUCGGACGUGGCUGAGGGAGGAGUGGGGCCGCACGCUGGAAGACAUCUUCCAUGAGCACAUGCAGGAGCUGAUUCUGAUGAAGUUCAUCUACACCAGUCAGUACGACAACUGCCUGACCUACCGCCGGAUCUACCUCCCUCCCAGCCAUCCUGAUGACCUCAUCAAGCCAGGCCUCUUUAAGGGCACCUAUGGCAGCCACGGCCUAGAAAUUGUGAUGCUCAGCUUCCACGGCUCACGUGCCAGGGGUACCAAGAUCACGGGCGACCCCAACAUCCCUGCAGGGCAGCAGACUGUGGAGAUUGACCUGCAUCGCCGCAUCCAGCUGCCGGAUGUGGAGAACCUCCGCAACUUCAACGAGCUCUCCAGGAUUGUCCUGGAGGUCCGAGAGCAGGUGCGGCAGGAGCAGCAGGAGGCUGGCGAGGACCCUGUCCCACCCCGGGAGCCUUCAGCCAAGGGCCCUGAUGGGCCACCUGCUGAGGACAGCAAAGAGCCAGGCAGUGGAGCUGAGGCAGCCGAGCAGUCGGCCUCAUCUGGACAAGGGCAGCCAUUUGUGUUGCCCGUGGGUGUCAGCUCGAGGAAUGAGGACUAUCCCCGCACUUGCCGGCUCUGUUUCUACGGCACAGGCCUCAUCGCUGGCCAUGGCUUUACCAGUCCUGAGCGCACUCCUGGCGUCUUCGUCCUGUUUGAUGAGGACCGCUUUGGGUUUCUCUGGCUGGAACUGAAGUCCUUUAGCUUGUACAGCCGGGUCCAGGCCACCUUCCAGAAUGCUGAUGCACCAUCGCCACAGGCCUUUGAUGAGAUGCUCAGGAACAUCCAGUCUCUUACCUCCUGACCUCCACGUGGGCAGAGAGGCUGCACUGGGGCCCAGGGUGGGGGAAGCAUGCACUUGGGAAAUGAACGCACACCUCCUCACUAGGGUCCUGGUUGCUCCGAGACACUUUUUGUAUAGUGUGUAACAUACUCUUGUAUAUUUGAUUUGUCGGUAGCUGUGAAGGAGAGUGUUAAAUAUGGUGGGGAAAAUAGUUGAGCCAGCGUGAAUCUGGCAAGCUAGUGGCUAUUGCACGGAGAAUCAAAUGGAUGCAUACAGGUUCUCUGGAGAAAGCGAAUGAGGAAGGGUGGAGUCAGGAGAUGCCAGCCAGAGAGGGCUAAGACACAACCACCAUGGAUCAUGGAAGGUGUUUUGCUGCCCAUGUCCCCUUGGAUGACAUAAACAGUUACUGCUGGGAGGUAGCUUCAGUGGAGUUGGUGGAGUAUCAGACACAGGGAAGCCAGAUGGUUUCCAUUUCCUCCCCAACUUGCUCAGUCAAGGGCAUUCUACCAUGACCUGUUUUCUUGUCCUGGCUGAGAGGAGCCACCAAGGAGUAUCACUGCAUCUCCAUCCUAGCCCCCUGGUGUCCUCUGUGUCACACCUGCUCCAGUGUUAGAACCAAGCGGUCAGGCCAGCCACUUGCUUGUGCCCAGCAGCACACACAGUUCUUUGGUCCUCCACACAAACACUGGAGAGCUGGCCCCACUUGUUUGCUUAUAGGGCCUGCCUUGACUGGACACAGCAGAGAUGUUUGUGAAGCCCUUCAUAGGCCAAAGGGAGGGGGCAGCUCCUUAGAUAGUCAUACUUCUGUGUGGCAGUGCACUUAGGAACAUUGUUAUUUGAGGACUCACCUGGUCAGAGACCCUGAGUGCUGGGCCAUUCUAAUAAUGUCUGUAUUUGGGAACUCUUUUUGAGGCCAACCUUAGUGUCUCCUAAAGGGCAGAGACCAAGGUCUCAGACGUUUGGCAACUCCUGCCAGCACUUCUAGUGUCGGACAGACUUCUAGGCUGUCUUUCCCCCUUGGCUGCUCAUCUCCAGAAGCCGCUCCAAGCCCUUGUACUUGUGUUCAGAACUCAUCCUACUGGUGAGACCUUAGAAAGGUUGCAGCCAUAUCCUCCCUUACAAUGGCAGGCCCUUCCUGUCAGAAGGGUCUGCAUACUUGGGAGGUAGUGUGGCAAAAGACCCUUGUGAACUGGUUUUGAGAUGCUGCCUUUCUGUCAGGUGCAGUAACAGAACCUGCAGUGAGCUGCCAGGGCUGUGUCCUGAUCUCUAGCAUCUUUUGCAGGAUUGAGUCCCAGCCUUUUGUUACUUCCUUUGUUAGAGUGUUUCUAUUGUGCCAAAUGAGGCAGGCUCUGGACAGUGGGGACUGUGACUAUGAAGCUGCUGGAACAAUGAAUACCGGACAGCUGGUCAUGCAGGUGGCUGCUCUUCUGGUUUCACUGUGCUUGGAGAAAAUCAAGAAUACAUUUUACCCAGGCCCCAAGGCUUGCUGUGGUGAUGCUGUAGUUCAGAACUUUAUCAAGUGUCCUCAGCCAGUUUCAGUUGAGUAGGGGCAAUCAGACAUAUUAGCCAACCACACAUUGGCUUUCCUAAACAUACGCCACAUUUGCUGCAGGUGAGUGUUGAACUGUUGGAUGUAUGUAAGAUAGUACUGCCUAAUGUAGGGAACACUCAGGCCCAGGUACUCUCUAUAGGUGGCAGGUAGGCAUCUUUUGUCUCUGAGCCUUCCCAUGUGAAUACUGUUGGCUGGCCUUGUCAUUUUGCUUCAUAGGCCGUGUAGUCUGUGGAAGUCAGAGAGAAGGCCUCCUGUGGGUUUGCACAGUUGACCUGCUCUGCUGUGUGUGGUUGAUGUCAGGCACAAACCUCAGGAAGUUUUCUAGUGGGGACAAUUCUUUUGCAUGAGAAUGUUGCUGAUACCUGUUUAGGCCCUGUUGUGUUCAGCCCUGAUGUAGUGUCAGGGCAUUGGCUGCCAUUUCUCAGACUUCUAACAUUUGCAGUCUGUCUUUGGGAGCCCAGUGCUGGGAGUCCUAGACUCCCCUUGUGCUCCUCUGGCAUGUGUUCAGACCCUGGGCCCCUCUGCUCUGGGCUGUCAGUUCUGCAGCAUCCCAUUACCUCCUCCUGGGUCCUCCCUGUCGCCGCAUGUCUACUAAUAGAGUGGGUGCUUGGUGGCUUCUGGCCAUGUGCUGUGCCAGCCAGUCCUUCCACACAUCAUGCAGUGAACUUCGAGGCACUUGCUUGUUAGCCUUGUUCCUUCACCAACUUGGGAGCUGAGCACUGCUGUGGCUAGGCAGCCAGGGCUCCUCCCCAGCUGCUGGCUGUCUAUCCCAGCCCUCCAGUGGCUCUUUGGUUGCCAGGCUUGCUGGGAACAACAUACUACCCAACGUAUGUUCACUUUUUAGUACUUGUGGAGAGGAACCAUCCUCAGCUGUCAGGACACCUGCUGGCCAGAGCAUCUUCUUCUGCUCCCCUCCUUUUAUCCUAAUUGGGAAGAGUGUAUACCUCCUCAUCCUCAGGCCAUUACCAGCCAUUUGCUGUUAUAGACCAAGUCUGUGGUUCUGGGGAAGAGCGGGAGAGAUGUCUCCUUGGAGAAGCUGUAAACAGGAGGGCAUGGUUUAGAACUUGUGAAUGAGGCACUGGUAUUCACAGCCCCUUGGCCUGUAUGGCCAACCUCCAGAGGGGUUUAGUGGUGGGUAGGACACUGAAGGCACCCUCAGGACAGUUUCCUUGGCUGAAUCCUUUGUGUUUGCAUGGAGACCAACAAAAUCCGCCAUAAUGUACUCUUUCAGCCCAAUUACUUGUGCUCACGAGCCUGUUUGGAAAAUGUGGCUUACCUGCAGCGCCUCCAAGCUCUGGACAGAGGGUAGCUCUUAAAAAGCCUUCUCAGGUCAGCUCAGCUUUGCCUAAGGGUCAGGGAAGGACCCUGAAAAAGUAGCUGCUGUGUGCCUGGUGUCUGAUGUCACCUGUGACAGUCACCUGGGAUGUGCGGUUGUUUCACCUUUCAGUUUUUAGUAAACCUGUUUUUGAAGCCUU